CCACGGUGGUGAGGCCAUCCGAGGGGAUGCCCGGGGCCGUCCUCUGCUCCAGGAACCCCUCCAAGAGCUCGAGGCCCGGGUGGACCCCGGCCGGCGAGGGCGCGCGGGAGCCCUGAGGUCUUAGAAGGGGAUGAUUCCCCAGUAAUAUUCCCUGCCCUGAUCCCAGGUGCCGCUUGGCCUCCCUCCCAGGGAAGACUGCUUCUUGUGUGACGCCGGCCAUAGAAAGAGACUCCAAUGGACUUACACCGGGCAGCCUUCAAGAUGGAGAACUCGUCCUACCUCCCCAACCCCCUGGCAUCCCCAGCGCUGAUGGUCCUGGCGUCCACGGCUGAGGCCAGCCGUGAUGCUUCCAUCCCUUGUCAGCAGCCACGACCCUUUGGUGUACCUGUCUCAGUAGACAAGGAUGUGCAUAUUCCCUUCACCAACGGUUCCUAUACCUUUGCCUCUAUGUACCAUCGGCAAGGUGGGGUGCCAGGCACUUUUGCCAAUCGUGAUUUUCCCCCUUCUUUACUACACCUCCACCCUCAGUUUGCUCCCCCAAAUCUAGAUUGCACCCCAAUCAGUAUGCUGAAUCACAGUGGAGUGGGGGCUUUCCGUCCCUUUGCUUCCACUGAGGACCGAGAGAGUUAUCAGUCAGCCUUCACGCCGGCCAAGCGACUUAAGAACUGCCAUGACACCGAGUCUCCCCACUUGCGCUUCUCAGAUGCAGAUGGCAAGGAAUAUGACUUUGGGACACAGCUGCCAUCUAGCUCCCCCGGUUCACUUAAGGUUGACGACACUGGGAAGAAGAUUUUUGCUGUCUCUGGCCUCAUUUCGGAUCGGGAAGCCUCAUCGAGCCCAGAGGAUCGGAAUGACAGAUGUAAGAAAAAGGCAGCUGCAUUGUUUGACAGCCAGGCCCCUAUUUGCCCCAUCUGCCAGGUCCUGCUGAGGCCCAGCGAGUUGCAGGAGCAUAUGGAGCAAGAAUUGGAACAGCUGGCCCAACUGCCCACCAGCAAGAAUUCCCUUCUGAAGGAUGCCAUGGCUCCAGGCACCCCCAAGUCCCUCCUGUUGUCUGCUUCCAUCAAGAGGGAAGGAGAGUCUCCGACAGCGUCACCACACUCCUCUGCCACGGACGACCUGCACCAUUCAGACAGAUACCAGCUGACAGAGCCCAGCAUUGGGGUGCAGAGCUUGGAGAGUGGAGUACCAAGGGUGGGCUGGACACCAGCCUCCACUGGCAGCUCUCCGCUGGAUGCCUUUGUAUGGGACCCAAAGUGCCAGCCCUGA